GUAAAAGAAGAAGAAUGCAACCUUCAGGUGCAUCUUGUAAGCUACUCAUUUUGAUGACAGGUUGGAUUUGCGAGGAAAAGUUUUGCCAGUAAUAGUAAAUUCUGAUUUGUUGGUUGGUUCGUUAAAUAUAUUCUCUGUGUUUUGCUCAGGUAGGAGUUGUAAACUCUUAAAUAUGUGAAAACAAAACAUUCAAAUAGUUAAAAAAAAUAAACAUACAGUGUAAACACACAAUUAAAUCCUAGAUCGCUAACUAACACGGAACCCAUAGUAGUGGCGUUUGUUCAUCUGGUGGCAUUUAUACCGUUUUAUAGUCUUAAUGUUCCCGUGUACUGUUGGUUCACACAGACGUGCCUUGAAUUGCGAUAUUCCCGGCGGUCCCUGAAGGCAGCCGCAGAGGAGGAAGGAACCCUGGCAACGCUGUCACAAAGCUAACGCUAUCCGUGCACUGCUAACACAGCAUCAGCUUUGUCAACAUGCACCUCAGUGUUUGUCCAGUUCAUAUUUACUCUCUGGCUUCCUCGAAGGCGUGUUAACAAAUUUACAAUGCAAUUUUUUAACGAGCCAAGCUAGCCCCAGCUGGCAGACUCUCCCCCUUUUUUCCUCCGUCGUAGCUACAAUCAUUUUGAACCAGCUAACCAGAACGAGUUGUUGUUAGCCGGAGCUGCUUGAAUAUGGCGAUUGUGUCUGGCUCCUGUGCUCGGGUAAACGGCUCCAGAAACGGGCCGUCCGUGUCAGCUACACCUUCUGGAUCCGUUGGACAGUCUCAGCCCAUGAUAGCGGUGUGGGAAUGGCAGGAUGACUUAGGGUACUGGCGGCCUUACAGCGGCCAAGUGAGCGCCUACAUCGAGCGGUGUCUGGCACCGCGGGGCCAGAGAGGAGGAGGACCCGGCUCGACGAGCAUCUGCCUCGGACAAUCAGACCCUAGCCUGUCGCCUUAUCUCAUUGACAUACCGAGCUUGAAGCAGUUUCGGCAGGACACGGGAAAGACGCGGUCAGUACGUCGCUCACUGUUCGCCCAGUCCUCAGGCCUCGGCAGUGGUGUUUACUGGGAAUGGGCCAACGACGAAGGAGGAUGGACUCCAUACGAGACUAGAACCUCUAUCCUUUUGGAGCACAGCUACCAGGCCCGUCAAGGGACGGCAGACUUGGGGCCGCAUGGAUACAAUUACAUAGUGGAUCUCACAUCUUUGGCCCAGGUUAACAAAUCCACGGGCUUUAGACGGCAGGUCCGGCGGCAAUGUAACCUCCCUUACCCACUGGCCUCCUCUGGUCCCCCAGCUAUCCCCUCGGGCCCGGCCUGCUCCUGCCAACAGUGUUUGAGCCACAGCAGCACAGGACCAAUGCCCAGCCGUUCACGACAUUCCUUUUCAUCAGGCAGUCUGAACCGGCCCAGCCUCCAAGGGCCAGGAAGGGCUGUAGCUGCUCACCCCACUUCAGUGUACUCGCCGUACCCUAGGAGACCCCUCUCUGUUGGGGGAAUGUCCUGGGGUAGCCCAUGGCCUCCACCGCCCUCUGGUAGUCAACUGUCUGCACCACUUCUGACCAGCUCUACCAGUGCAAACGGGUUAAGUGUUCCUUCCAUCUCUGUGCAGCUGAAUGGAUCCACCAGCGUCAGCUCUGCCCUUGCAGGCAUGGCCUCCAUUUUGAUGUCAGCAGUGGGACUCGGCGUGCACUUCACCACUGCCCCCCUCCCUCAGCAGCAACAGCAACAGCAGCAACAGCAACAACAACAGCAGCAGCAACAGCAGCUACAGCAGCAACCUGCUCCUUUCUCUCUUCCUCCUCCUCUCCUCCCCCCAGCCAGCAGGCCCAGCAAGCCCCACAGCAGCAGCAGCAGCAACAACAACAGCAGCAGUUCAGUUAGGAGAGCAAAGAGGCAGCACAGGAGAGCCUCCGCUCAGAGACCCGAGGAGGUGAUUCAGCGCUACAUGGAGGUAGUGGCCGGAGCACCGGAUGAGGACUGCAUCAUCUGCAUGGAUCAACUGUCCAAUCCAUCUGGCUACGAGACCCCCUCCACAGAGGAGGGAGGCCAGAGCAUCCUGUCAGACACUGUGGGGAAAUUCAUCAAGUGUGGGCACACCCUGCAUAUGCUCUGCAUGCUGGCCAUGUACAACAACGGCACAAAGGACGGCAGUCUGCAGUGCCCCUCAUGUAAGACAAUCUACGGAGAGAAGACCGGCACUCAGCCCAAAGGCAAGAUGGAAAUUUACAGCAUCGCCCAGUCGCUGCCGGGUCACCCGGACUGUGGCACCAUCCAGAUCAUCUACAGCAUACCACCUGGCAUACAGGGCCCCGAGCAUCCAAACCCAGGACAGCCGUACACCUGUAGAGGCUUCCCUCGCUUCUGUUUUCUACCGGACAACGACAAGGGCAGGAAGGUGCUGGAGCUGCUGAAGGUGGCGUGGAUGCGACGCCUCAUCUUCACCGUGGGAACGUCCAGCACGACAGGCGAGCCCGACACAGUGGUGUGGAACGGCAUCCACCACAAAACAGAGAUGAUGUCCAACUUGUCGGGCCACGGCUAUCCCGACCCAAACUAUUUGGACAAUGUUCUGUCUGAGCUGGCCUCUCAGGGCGUGACAGAGGAGUGCCUCAAACCUCCAGGCGGUGGCGGUGGUGGAGGCGGCAGCACUACCAACUAGAUCGCGGCUCAGAGCUUCUCACACACACACACACACACACACACACACACACACACACACACACACACACACACACACACACACACACACACACACACACACACACUCUUCCUCUUCCUCUCACUGCUGACCACUGAGUUAACCCUUCAAAACCUCCACCUCUGUUGGCAAGGCGGGACCUCCUGCAACCUCUGUUUGACAUAAAAUUAAUGUCAGCAUCUAUCCAGAUCUCAUUGAGUGAGCAAAAAGGGGGGAUUUGGAGUUCUUGAAGCUUCUUUGGAAGGAAGCGGAGAUCAUCACAUAUACCAGGAGACGGAACUCGCAGAGAAAAACGGGGCUCCUUUUUACUCUGAGCCUCCUUUAUCACACCUCCACAAAGCUGGAGGUUUUUUUUGUUUUGUUUUUUCUUUUUGUUUCAUUUGUUUUCCAUCAAGAGCCUCAUCUCUUAUCCCCGUGUCGAGUUACCAUGAGAAUGGCAGCUUACACCAGGGAUAAAAAUCUCAUUAAGCACUUUAGUUCUGACAGUGCAUUUAGCUGACGACGUGCGUGAUUUCCUGGUAAAAGGGCAGUUAACUUGUUUUCAAAUUGGGAGGUUAUGCAAUUAAGUGUUUCUGCUGAAAAACCUUUGUGUUUAGCACAAUGACACACUAAAACUGAUCUAGUAGCAAAGUAUAUAUUAGCCUAUUUGAUGAGAAGAGGCAAUAAUUAACUGAUGUAAAUAAGACAAACAAAAAAAAACACAAACAUGAAUUAAGCAAAAAAAAUAUUGUAAAGAAAAAAAAAAAAUCAAACCAGUCGUGUCCACAAAUGUCAGUCGAGGAGAAAAAGGUUGUAUUUUUUAAACAUUUAACACUAAUUCUAAUUUGAUCAUUUGUUCCAUUUUAUUCCUUAAUCUAAUUUGAUAAGCAGACGUCUAAUGCACUCACAUUUUGAUUCUUAUUUUUCCAUGUUUUGACUUGAUGCCCACAGGCAUUGUUUAUGUCACUCAAUAUGUUAUGUUGCCAUGUACGUGAGAAGGGACAAGGUUAGGUCAUAUAUAGCUCGACAACCUCAAUCCUUUUUGUCCGAACAGAUGGGAAAGAUCACUGAGAUUAAAAAAAACAACAACUGGUAAAGAACAUUUUACAGUGUGACAAUCAAGGUCAUUGAACUCGUCUUGAUUAAACAAGACACACAAAGCCGCGGCGAGUAUGUUAAUGUUCCCGCCGGCUGCAAACUCACCUCCUGUAUUCACAUGCAUUAUUCUGCUCACAGUACUGCAGUACAGUUGCAGCACUGAGUCUUGACAUGUAUACAAGCAAAACUGGAAAAAAAACUGCAAUAAAGAAAUAAGGCAAAAUGAA